CCUAUUGAGAGUACCAUCGAAACAAAUCAAGUUGUAUAUUCUUCUUUAUUAGUUUCACAUUGAUUAGAUUCAUAAAUCUCUCUCCGUCUCCAUCGUUAAAUGCUCUCCAAAGCUUUUGAGUUUUGAGAGAGAGAGAGAUAGAAAUGGAUAGUCAUAUGAGGUUAACGUUGUUGGGGUGUCUUGUUCUUGUGUUAGGUUUUGUGAGUGGAACAUGUGGUUUAAUUUCUCACAAUGUGAUGAAAAAGAUCAAUGUAAUAAACAAGGAAGGUCCGUACUUGGGCAUUGUAGUGCCAAACAGCUUUGAGAUGAGUCCUCUUCUCGAAUCUCCUAGCUUUGUGGUUGAUCAGAAUCCCUACUUGGAUUUUUCAGGAAGACGGUUUCGCAUGGGAUUUUUAGGAAAAGAAAAGGUCAUUGUAGUCAUGACUGGAUUGGGCAUGCUUAAUGCAGGCAUAACUACUCAGUUACUAUUAAGUUUGUUCAAGGUGAAAGGAAUUGUGCACUUUGGGAUUGCUGGAAAUGCAAACCCUGAACUCCAGAUCGGGGACGUUACCAUCCCUCAAUCUUGGGCUCAUACCGGCCUUUGGAAUUGGCAGAGGUAUGGAGAUGGUCCUGAAGAUGAAUUGGCAUUAGAAGCCAGUGGAGACUACACAAGGAAAGUUGGUUACAUUAAAAUUUCCGACUACAACAAUGACAUCAAAAAUGGGAAAUCAUCAUCGAAUAACACUCUAAACAACAUUUGGUAUCAACCGGAAGAGACAUUCCCAGUGAACGGAACUCCAGAAGUUCGGCAGCAUGUCUUCUGGGUUCCAGUAGACAAUCAUUACUUUUCACUCGCAAAAAGACUCGAGGGUAUGCAGUUGGGAAGAUGUGUAAACUCUACUUGUUUGCCAAGAACACCUAUUGUGACAAGGGUAGCAAGGGGGAUUAGUGCUUAUGUUUUCGUCGAUAACCGUUCUUAUCGAGAAUUUCUCUUCUCCAAAUUUAAUGCAACCGCCAUCGACAUGGAAAGUGCAGCGGUGGCACUAGUCUCCCACCAGCAGAAGAAGCCUUUCAUUGCAAUCCGAGCGCUGUCUGAUUUAGCCGGUGGCGGUUCUUCUGUAUCGAAUGAAGCCGCUAUCUUCGCCUCGUUGGCAGCUCAAAAUGCAGUUGAUGUUCUAGUUCAGUUCAUUACUUUAUUGUCUUAAAAUUUAUAGCUAUCCUCUCUACUUUUUAUAUUUUUUUUAGUACUUAAUGUUACACAUGAUCAAUUUUCAUCCAAUAGGUCUAUGGAUAUGGAAUUCUUUUUUAGAAAAAUACACAGAUUGAAUGUGGGAUGAA